CUAUGGAUGGUUACCGUUUUUCAGUGGCAAUGUUUCCAAUUAAUGAUAAAAAUAAGGACAAAAUCCAACAGCUGUAUGCUGCUGAGAAGAGGGAGCAUGAUGUCAUUGCUAGAAUCUCUCGUUAUGCCUCUUUGGAACUACGUGAUCUGAAAAGUCUGUGCCCACCUGAUCUCUUGAAAGACACCAGUAGCCAACUGAUGCCAUGGCUAUAUGACAAUACUGUAAAUUGUCGGAUUGCACAAAUUGCCUCAGAAAAUCAGAAUGUUGCAGCCUUGACGACUGACACAUUCAUUUUGUGGUACAGGGACUGGCUGGCUUCAAGAAAAAUUCCUGAUUCACAUCUGAAAAUUCUUGAGAAUGAUACACAGAAAACACUUCUACCAAGAAUUGUUGGCACGGAUCGGACACCAGAGACAGGAUGUCACUUCAUUCUUUGGGUUUUUGACAAGAUGGAAAAACAAAUAAAGAUUUAUGACAACACAGGACGUUACAUGAACAUUUCACCCCCAGAUAUGGACAAUCUGAAAGAUGCCUAUAGAAAUGUAGACUCCCUGGAUGGGUGGACUGUGUGCAAUCCACAGCAAUGGCGAAGAAAUGAUGGAAACAACUGUGGUGUUUUUGUUUGCACAAUGGCAGAGAUGGAAGCAAAAGGUCUCAAAAUGUCUCCUGAGUUGCUUCACACUGACCAGCUGAUUCAUCUUCGACUUUACCAUGCCUCCUGUUUGGUUGAAAAUCUACAAACGGAGGACUUUCAACUAAAGAACACGUCUAAAACUAAAAACAGAUGUAUAGCCCAAAACCUUGGUGUUUGCAUAUUUCAAGAAAUCCAGCAAAAAACCAUGCAUCCAGAUGUCAAAACACUGCAAUGGAUUCAGUGUGACAGUUGUAACAAAUGGUUGCACAGUGACUGUGCUGGCACUGAUCCAACAAUGGUCACAGCGGACAUGCCAUUCAACUGUGGAUGUGACAUUGAUCAGUCAUAUCCUUAUGAUAAAACACUAUCAAUAUUGAAGCAGGGAUUGGUGGUGGACACUGUAAUGACAGACCAGGACAUUAUGGAAAACAAGACGAAUAUCACCAAUAACUGAAUAAAUGUGACUUCCCUUUUGUGAAGUGCUAAUUUGCAUAUGCAGUGUCUCACUGACAUUUACAAGCUGUUGGAAUUUUCUAGAAGUUUA